AACUUUCUACCAACCCCCCGCCCAUCACUCAACUAGUAAGUCCACCACCACCACACACUUCACCAAUGCAACAACUCCCUUGUGGCUGCUGCCGCGUCGGCCGCCGCAACUGCAUCGAGCCCAACUGCCCCCGCGAAUCCGAAAUCUCCCAGAACAACCUCUUCUUCUGCCCCGUCGCCCGCGAGCGCAACCUCCACCGCACCGGCGAACCCGAACUCUGUCCCGUCGAGCUGCCCGCAGCCAGCUACACGCAGAUUGCCCACACAGGAAGGUGUGCCAAGCAUCGGAAAGAGAUGGAGGAUAAUUUGCAGAGAGAGAAAAGGAGGGAGCAGAAAGAGAAAGAGAAGAGGAGGAGGGAGUUGGAACAGGAGAGGGAAAAAGAGGAGAGGGCGAGGAGGAGAGUUAGUAAUUUGGGCUCGAUUCGGGAGGGGGUGGUUGAGACUGGACAUGGAAGGGGGAGUGGGAGUGGGAUGGAUGCGAACGAGCUGUUGCAUUUGAAUGCGGUGCUGGAUGCGCGUGAGAGGGCGAGGAGUACGCAAGGUGUGGAGGUGGAGCGGGGUGUGGAAGUGGUGCGUGAGAGUGGGCUGGGAUGGGUGGAUGAAGGGUUGAAGAACUUGACAUUGGACGAGGAGAGGGAGAAGAUGGUGGUAGCGGAGGAGGAAGAGGGAAAGGGGGAGGAAAAAGAAAAAGAAGAAGAGGAUGAAAAGGAGGAAAAGGAACAAGUGGCAAAGUGGAAUUACAGGACGAAGGACGACAGGGAGAAGAGGUACAAAGAAAAAAGUAAGGAAGAGAGAGAGAGGAUGGAGGCGGCAAGGAAAAGGUACACUGGCAUUGAUGCCUUGGGAAAAGUCAAAGCGGCAACGGCAAUGUUGGAAGAAAUGGUAGCAAAGGAGUGGGAAGACGAAGAUACCAGAGAUGGUAAUGAGAGAAUGACUGAGGCGCGGAGAGACUCAGAGGCACUCCGGCGUCGUAGAAAUGAGACGGACCGGGAGUUGAGUUCAUUGAUGGCUAACCGUAGUGUUUCCGGGAACUCCAUGCUCCGACCCGCUGGUGAUCGACCGGCCGGAGAUGGGGCACGGAGAGUCUCGGGGCCGCUGCGGCGUCAUGGGAACGAAGCUGACCCGAACAUGAGCUCAGUUGUGACUGGCCAUGCGAGUAGGAGUGUCUCUGGGAACUCAGUGGCCCGACAGGCUGGGGGUGUUAGACCCGCCGGAGGUGCCUAUGAGGACGUUGAUGAUGAGGUCAACAGAAAGGUGGAUGAGGAUGGGGGUGAUUUGUAUGAUAUGGAUUAGGCAGACAGUGUAGCAGGGUAUUAGCAUAGUUUCAGUUAACCUUAAAAUUCUGACGAUAC